AUGGAAGGGUUGUCGUCAGAUUUGAAUGUAUACAGGAAUCAGUUGGAGAACGUGACUGAAAUCACCAUAUUUAUAUUGACAGGCUUCACAGAUGAUUUUGAGCUGCAAGUCUUCCUCUUUUUCCUAUUUCUUGCUAUCUAUCUUUUUACUCUGGUAGGAAAUUUAGGACUGGUCGUAUUGGUCAUUAAGGAUUCCAGGCUCCACAACCCAAUGUACUAUUUUCUGAGUGUUUUGUCAGUUUUGGUUGCCUGCUAUUUUACAGUUGUCACCCCAGAAAUGCUGGUCAAUUUCCUGGCAGAGAAUAAGUCCAUUUCAUUUCUUGGAUGUGCAGCACAGAUGCUUCUCUUUGUGACUUUAGGAACCACGGAAUGCUUCCUCUUGGCUGCAAUGGCUUAUGAUCGCUUUGUAGCCAUCUACAACCCACUUCUGUAUUCAGUGAGCAUGUCGCCCAGAAUCUACGUGCCACUCAUGGUUGCUUCCUAUGUCGGUGGCAUUUUACAUGCUACUGUACACACAGUGGCCACAUUCAGCCUGUCCUUCUGUGGAUCCUAUGAAAUUAAGCAUGUCUUUUGUGAUAUUCCACCUCUUCUUGCUAUUUCUUGUUCUGACACUCACAUAAACCAGCUUCUCCUCUUGUACUUUGUGGGCUUUAUUGAAAUAGUCACUAUCCUGAUUGUCCUGAUAUCCUAUUGUUUUAUUCUUUUGGCUAUUCUGAAUAUGCGUUCUUCUAAAGGGAGGCAAAAAGUGUUCUCGACCUGUGGCUCUCACCUAACUGGAGUGACAAUUUAUCAUGGGACAAUCCUCUUCAGCUACAUGAGACCAAGUUCCAGCUAUGCUUCAGACCAUGACAUGAUAGUGUCAAUAUUUUACACCAUUGUGAUCCCCAUGCUGAAUCCUGUCAUCUACAGUUUGAGGAACAAAGAUGUAAAAGAGGCAAUGAAAAAAUUUUUGAGAGAAAUUGGUUAG